AUGUCAGACCACUCGAAAUCUCCUGAAACAGUUAUCAAUAGAACUCAAGAAGAUGAUGAUAACGACAAUAACGACGGUGUGAGAACUCCAGAAACUCCUGAAAAUGAAAAAGUUGAAAACAAAGAAAAUGACGAUCACAGUGCUAGAACGCCGGAAAGUAGAGAAAGAAGUCCGGAACAUGAAAGUCCACCAAGGAAGAAGAGGAAGUCGAGAAGUCCUUCACCGGAGCCGCCAAAAGUUGAGGAAGAAAAGAAAAAAGAAGAACCAAAGGAUUUAUUGAGAACAAGAACUGGAGGAGCCUAUAUUCCACCGGCGAAACUCAAAAUGCUUCAAGAGCAAAUCACUGAUAAAAGCAGCGAGCAAUAUCAGCGUUUGAAUUGGGAGCGAAUGAAGAAGAAAUUUCACGGUCUCGUCAAUAGGGUGAACGUGGGAAAUUUGGUUCAAAUCGUUCGCGAACUUUUGCAAGAAAACGUGAUUCGCGGAAAAGGACUUCUUACACGAUCAAUCAUCCAGGCGCAGGCGUUCUCGCCGGGAUUCUCGCAUGUUUAUUCAGCACUGGUUGCCGUGAUAAACUCGAAGUUUCCUCAUGUCGGGGAAUUGAUGUUGCGAAGGUUGAUUGUGCAGUUCAAACGAAGUUUCCGAAGAAACGACAAAGGAGUUACUGUGACUGCCGGUAAAUUCAUUGCGCACUUAAUUAAUCAACAGGUCGCGCAUGAAGUGCUUGGUCUUGAAAUUAUGCUUCUUAUGCUUGAAGUUCCCACGGAUGAUUCUGUGGAAGUGGCGAUUGCUUUCUUGAAAGAAUGUGGUGCAAAACUACUCGAGAAUUCGCCAGCAGCUCUUAACAGCAUUUACGACAGGCUGCGGGCAAUUCUACAAGACAAUACGCUUGACACUCGUGUUCGAUACAUGAUUGAAGUUGCGAUGCAGAUUCGAAAAGAGAAAUUUGCGGCAUACCCAUCGGUCAUUGAGGAUUUGGACUUGAUUGAGGAAGAGGAUCAGAUCACACAUACGCUCACACUAGAAGAGGCCGUCGAUCCCGAAAAUGGACUGAAUGUGUUCAAGCUUGAUCCGGAUUUCGAGAAGAAUGAGGAGACGUAUAACGAGAUUCGUGCCGAGAUUAUUGGCGACGCUGACAUUUCAAGUGAUGAAGAAGAUUCCGAUGAUGACGAGAGUGAGUCGGAAGGUGCUGGAGGCGAACAAAAAUCACAAACCGUCGAAAUCAUUGAUAACACCGAACAGAAUUUGUUGGCGUUCCGUCGACAGGUGUAUUUGACACUCCAAUCUUCGCUUGACUAUCAGGAAGCAGCGCACAAACUAUUGAAAAUGGGAAUCAAACCCGAAUUGGAAACCGAGCUGUGUAAUAUGCUUGUUGAUUGCUGCGCACAGCAGAGAACGUAUGAGCGAUUCUACGGAAUGCUCAUUGAACGCUUCUGCCGUCUUCGACAGGAAUAUCAGGAGACUUUUGAACAGAUCUGCCGUGAUGCUUACGCUACAGUUCAUCGAUUCGACAUUACCAAAUUGAGAAAUUUGGCGAGACUCGUUUCGCAUUUGUUGUUCACUGAUGCAAUUGAUUGGAAGAUUCUGGCUGAUGUUAAAAUGACCGAAGAGGAUACGACUUCAGCUGGUCGAAUCUACAUCAAAUAUGUGUUUCAAGAUUUGGUUGAGGCGAUGGGAAUCGUGAAACUGUAUGAGCGCGUCAAGGAUCCGACACUCGCACAUUGCUUCGCUGGACUUUUCCCGCGUGACAAUCCACAAAAUGCGCGAUUCUCGAUCAAUUUCUUUACAAUGAUCGGAUUGGGAGGAUUGACACUUGAAUUGAGAGAAUGGCUCGAGAAGGGAAUGAAAAAGAAAAAGGAUAUGCUUGAGGCUUUGAAAGAUGAUUCCUCGUCAUCAUCCUCAUCUUCAGACUCGUCGGAUUCUUCUGAUUCGUCGGACUCGGAUUCUGAUGAUUCUUCGUCCGAUUCUUCAGGUUUUAAUUCUGACUCGGCAUCUUCAGUUGAAGUGAAAAAAGAGAAACAUGCGAAAGUGGAAAAGAAACAGAAGAAGCACACUGAUAAACAUAGUGAAAUCGCGAAAGAACCGAUAAAUCGCUCUUCGAAUAAAUCCGAAGAGCCGAGAAGAGAUCGUAAACGUCGCGAUGAUUCCACGGAUCGUGAAAAAGAACGUAGACAUCGCGAAGGUUCGGAAGAAAAAUAUCGCAGACGUCGGGACGAGAUUGACAGAUCGGAAAAUAGCAAGAAGCACGGUGAUGGGUCAAACGAUCGAGAGAAAGAAAGAAGACGUCGCGAGGAACGGGAUGAGCGAAGCAAGGAUGGACGACGUCGAGAUCGUUCCGAGGAGCCGAAGAAUAGAAGGCAUCGCGAUGAGUCGAAAGAGCGCGGAAGGAAACAUCGUGAUAGAUCUGAUGAGCGGUCUCGUCGUCGCGAGGUUUCUGACGAUGAGCGCGGAAGAAGCCGUCGCGACGAUGGCGGAGAGCGUAAAAGCCGAAGACAUUAA